GGUCUGCUUUGUCCCUCCUUUCUCCCCCCCCGCCCAGGCCCCCGCCCCUCCCGGGAUGGUGCACGGCUGGGACUGAGCCACCGGGGCGGAGGUAGCACUAGGGUGGCCGCGUCUAAGCAGCGCCAUGGAUAUGCCUAUGGAGACAGGACCACGUUAAGGCCACAGGAGUGGUAGGACUACCAUUUUAACUUGUGAGCUGUCCCAAAGAACUGACCAUGUCUAUUAUGGACCACAGCCCCACCACCGGAGUGGUUACUGUUAUCGUCAUUCUCAUUGCCAUUGCAGCCUUGGGGGCCUUGAUCCUUGGCUGUUGGUGUUACUUGCGCCUACAGCGUAUCAGCCAGUCAGAGGAUGAAGAGAGCAUUGUGGGUGAUGGAGAAACCAAAGAACCCUUCCUUUUGGUCCAGUAUUCUGCUAAAGGUCCUUGUGUGGAAAGAAAAGCAAAGCUGACCCCUAAUGGCACAGAAGUCCAUGGCUAAGCUAACCCUUGGCACAGAUGCUCGUGGGUACUAAACCUUGUAUACAACCAGCAGAAAGAAAAGUGGAGAAUAAUUUGGAUGUGCUGCUCUUUAAGAAGAACUGAGUUUAAAUUUCACAGUAUGGUCUUGCUGGGUUUUGUUAUUGCAUGCACUCAGACCUGUGUCCUGAACCUAAACUUGUUGGCCCUGGGAGUUGGCUAACCUUUCUGGUGGUACUGUCCGUUGCAGGCAAUGGACAGACCGGGCCCUGCUGGUGUAAAACAAAUCAAAGCAUUUUUGUUACUUGAAUGUUUAGCUGAGCCUGUUUUUGAUGGAGCUACUACUGUAAUGUGAACUAGCUAACAAAACUGUGAACUGUAAAUAGGCACCAGAAGCACUUGGUUUGGUUUUUUUUUUUUUCUUUUCUUUAAAAAAAAUAAUAUAGCACAUGGAGCUGCUGGUCUGAAGUUAUUGUAAUGGUAAACUCAGUACUGAAGACUGAGCCCCAUGAUCAUGGAAAAGGUUCUAAUCAUGGAAAGCCCAAGUUGCCAUCAGCUGGCUAGUUAGGAAUCACAAAUGUAAAUAUGUAAAGAAAGCUGUUGUUUUUAAGUCUUGUGGGUAACUUUAUAGAAAACAAGCAAUGAUGCCUAUUAGAAUUUGGCUUCUAUUGCAGGAAGCAAUAGGCCAAAAACAAGAAACAUGCCUCUCUCCUUUGUUAGGUAGAUUAGGCUGUUACCUAUGAAUAUCGUUAACAUUAACUGUGUAACUAUUGCAAGGAAGCUGCUGUAUUAUCUGGGAGCCAGUGAAGGAUCUGUAAUCUACACAGGGAUAAUCCAGAAGGUUGCCAGGCUAAUUUAUAGCAGCAGAGCAGUUUUUCCUAUGUGUUUUUUAAAAGCAUGUUAAAAGUAUAAAAAUGUCUUUUCCCUACAACUGGCAUUACUUAGAGCUAGCUUGCUGUAAUUGCUGUGAUUUUCAUGUGAAGAUAGGAAAUCUACUUUUAGUCUAAACAAACCCAACUGUCUCAGUAUAGACAGCAACAGACUAUUUCCUGCUAUUUAAUGUUUUCUGAACUGGAAGGGAAUGGCAAAAGAGGCUUAAAAGUCUUUUUUUUUCUUUUUUUUCUUUUCAGAAACAAUUUCUAGUUACUGUCCCACUAAUAGGUAUUGAAUUUUACUAUCCUCAGCAAAUCAGCAUAAGUAUGACUGGAAUUCUCUAAAUCAGGCUUCAAAAACAUUCAGCAAGCAUGUGGUAAGCUAUAGGCAAGCAUUCUAAUAUUCAGAAGCCACUUUUGUGUGUGUAUAUGCAAUUUAAUGCUUAUCAAGUACUAUAGGGAUAAUGAAGUUUUAGGAGGUAAAGAUUUCUAUUUUCAAAAUAAUGACUUUAAUCACAGUUUAGCCAGCUUCCCACCUCAAAAAAGAAAAAAACCAUAAAUUUUAACCCAUUGUCUUAAAUCACUUUAUGUACACUAGGUAUGAAUUUUGCAAUAGGAUAGUAGAGAUUUAACAAGGCACAGUGAGAAUGUUAAUGUUAGUGUUAAUUUAAGCAUUAGUGAUUAAGAGAAAAUCAGUGCCUAACUUUAUUUUGUAAGAAUCAUUAAACAUUAGCCACUAUGAAUUGAGCAAAUAAAAACGUGAAAGUGAUCCAAGCACAGAACUGUGGUGGGGAAGGCUGAGUAUGUACUAAGCAAAUAAUAUUGUUAAAAAAAAUCAAGUUAAAUGUAUUUCCAUCAUUCCUUCUUGUUCUUAAAAUUUUAUUUUGAUGGGAGGGAUUUAGAUUUUAUUCUAUGGCAGACUCAUGAAAUGUAUGGCACCCUUCAUCAGAAUAUUUUUAAAUGUGUAAUAUAAAAUACGUAAGAUUACAAAGGAAACUUAAUUGUAUAGAAAUAGUUACCCAAAAUAAAAUUUUUUAAAGUUCAUGGUCCCCAGGUUAAGAACCCCUGCUUUGCAGUAAAGGGUUUAUUGAGCAUUUUGGGGAUACCAGUCAAAUUGUUAAUAAAGUCACACUUCAUUGGAGUCCCAACUUGGGGAUGCUGGAAAGUCCUCUGGGUUUAGAGAGACAAUUAUUUUAAGUGCAAAUCUGAUGGCUGCUUAUGGCUCAUGAAUUAAAGGGAGAGCCAAUAUCCAAGCCCAAGGAUGAAAGGAAAGGGGUAGGGAAAUGUGCAAGCUAAAGAUGAGUAAAUCCUAGGAUGGACAUCCGUUUACUUAAUCACAUCAAAAACUUCUGAAGCUUUCUAUCUCUUCAUCAUUUUGCUCUGUAGGGAAAACAGUCUCUAGAUUCAGGUAGCUAGCAAAGUAAUCCAAAUUAUGGAGUAUGCUGAGGUCAUCUAACAUUCUUUUAACUGCCCUGUUUUUUCAAACUGUAUCUGGCUUUUUAUUGGGCUAAUAAUUUUUAAAAUACUGUUCAUUUCUCCAAAUGUUAGGGAAAUAUUUUUUCCCCUACUUGGGUCACCAGAGAGAACUUUUAACUUUGCUUUUUAUUUUAUUUUUAAAAUCAGACUUCUGACAGACAGUAUUUAGUGGAGAGUAGCAUUACCACUUACUAGACUGAAGCUCUGCUUAAGAUGGAAAUACCAAUAAGACUGGCCAGCAAAAUGCCAGGAAAAAAAGCAGCUUUUACCCGUCAAUAUAUAUAUUUAGCUUCUAAGCCCUUCAAUCGCUUGCAUAGUCUGAAGGUUUACUAAUCUCUCAAAGCAAUUCUAAAUGGUUUACCACCUUCAGACGUGCUGAACAGGUGACAAGGAAUAAUUAGAAAACUAUAGUAGGGGAAAUGCAAGAAUUGUUUGUUAUUGUCACUUAAAUAUAGACUCUUAUCCUCAAGGACCUGUACUACUGUUUUGGUCUCAAACCUACCAAGUUUGUGCAAUAAAUUAUAUAGGGAAUGUUUCCCCAAGUUGAAUGAUCAUCCACUUUGAUUUUCUAGACCACUGAGAAAAAUUUUUUAUUUACAAUGAAUUUCAAUAAAAUUUGCAUAAAUUAUCUUCCUGGUA